UAGUCUCGUCAAACUGAUCGAUCACGCUCUUCCUCCAAAAGCAUCUUCUUUUCCUCAUCAGCCCUAAACCCUAACCCUAGAAAUAUACAAAUAUUCUCUCCAGCUUUUUUCUUUUUUUCGUAUUUUACAGUUCAUGAAUUCAAAGAGAAAAAAAUUGUAGUGGAAAAGCCAGCCCUCGUCACAUCCAUCAUUUAUACAGUAACCCUUUCUCUUUAAAUGGGACUUUUCACUCCACUCUAAUCAUUCACUGCUCCCCUUCUCCAUGGCUGCCAGAAUCAUCUUUCUCUUUCUGCUCGCCUUCCUUCCUUGUUCUGUUUCUGUUUUCCACUCGCCGGCGAUGCCAGUGGAUGAGCUCGUUGCGCUCCUGGACCUCGUUGGCGGCCUUGUUGCGGAACCUGGCUGGGCUGAGCUUCACCCGCAUCCCUGCACUGACACCCCGUGGCCUGGGAUCCAAUGCGAGGCUGCUGCCGGCGACGCGGGCAUUCUCCAUGUCACCGGAAUCCACGUGGGCGCUGACGUCUCCCCUUCCCCACCCUGCAAGCCCUCUGCUUUUCUCUCCCCUGAUGCUCUUCUCCAUCUCCCAUUCCUCAAAACCUUCUCUCUCUUUGGCUGCUUCCUGUCCCCCAACUCUGUCUCUCUCCCUCCAUCCAUUUUCACCAACUCCUCCUCUUUGGAGCAACUGGUUCUAGACGCAAACACGGGCCUGACUGGCGAAAUCCCCAGCUCUGUAUCCAAACUGAAAAGACUCAGAGUGCUCUGCCUCUCACAGAAUGCCUUCCAUGGCGUCAUACCAGAGGAGAUCGGAAGCUUACGGAGCUUGCAGGAGCUGGACCUCAGCUAUAAUCGUUUCCGCGGGGAGAUACCAGUGGAGAUUGGCGAGCUUUCCAGCCUCCGCAUUAUCGACCUUUCCUCCAAUGAGCUGCAGGGGGAGCUCCCUGCUUCUAUUGGCUGCCUGCAUUCUCUUCAGAAGAUCGAUUUCAGCCUCAAUUAUCUCUCAGGCAGAGUUCCUCCGGAGCUCGGAGAGUUGAAGGAUUUAGUUCUGCUGGACUUGAGCAAUAAUAACUUAACUGGACCGUUGCCUGAUCAUCUCUCCAAAUUGAACGAAUUAGAGUAUUUUCUGAUGGAAAACAACCCACUCAAUACCAGCAUUCCACUAUUUCUUGGUGGUUUGAAAAAGUUGCAGGUGAUUGGGAUCUCAGGGUGUGGGCUUUUAGGAUCCAUCCCUUCAUUCUUUGCAUCUUUGGUUAGCCUCACUGCUCUCUCACUGGAUAAAAACAGUCUAAACGGAUCAGUUCCAGAAAGUCUGGAAUCACUUCCCAAACUUGGUCAGCUCAACUUAAGCCAGAACCAACUAAGCGGAGAAAUCGGCUUCUCUGAGGAGUUUGUGAGGAGACUGGGGAAGAGAUUGGAUGUGAGAGAUAACCAUGGUUUGUGUACAAAAGUCCACAAGUAUCAGGAAAACUCCUUUAAUCUUGAAGCGCCUCCUUGCUUGGGUUCAACGGUUAAUAACGGUCGAAUUGGAAACAAGAGCUUGGGAGGAAACAAUGGCGAUGAAGAAACUGGUGAUCUCAAAAUAAAACCUUCUUCGAAUGGUAAUGGAGGAACUGGUUCAUGGCACGAGCUUGGUCUAAUUUUCCUCGGGCAGUUGAGUCUUCAGGCAAUGGCCAUAGUGAUGACUUUGGCUGUAUGAGAGCUGUAUUGUUGCAGUGGAGAAAAGAUUGGAGACUGCCAUUUCUUUGAAGAGAACUCACUGUAUGUCUCUGCUUUGGCUGCCAUGCUGCAAUAUUUAGCUAUUAUUUUGUUGGGAAGUAGACAAGAAGUUGUGGAGCUCGGGUUUGGAAACUUGAAAGGGUAGCAGCUUCACGUAAAGUACAGAUCAGAAAUCAGAAAGUGCCAAACUUUGUCUUGUUUAUGUUGGAAGUAUGGGUCAUUUGGUGGUAUUUCUGUGCAUUUAAAUAUUUGAGCCAAUUUUGA